AUGAAUUAAAGUUGGAGAUAAAAGUUUGAGAAAGAUAAGUAGUAUCCGAGACAUCCAAUGGCUCACAAAAAUGGUGGUGUUCAUAUGAAUUAGGAGGAUGAUACAAAGCUAUUUUAGAUAGCAGGAGCAAUGCUAAAAUAAAUUGGUACAAAAAUAGCUAAGGGAGAUUUCAAUUUAGCUACUAUUCCAAAACCCAUCUGUUUAACGGCUCCCAAAACAGCUAAUGAGUGCUUGACAUUUGAUCACGACUAUGCCAACAUUUAUCUGACAGAGGCAGCAAAGUGCAAGGAUCCCCUCUAAAGAAUGCAAUUGGUAGUGGCAAAUGAAAUUGCCUAUCUACAUGGGACACACACUUAUUUGAGGUCACUGGCACCCAUCGAUCCUAUGGUUGGAGAAACAUGCCAAAAAGUGAAGGAGGAUGGCACUGCAUUUUAUUGCGAAUUCAUCAAGGCUGACCCUCCAACAACAUUAUAUCAAAUCUAUGGGGAUGGGUGGUAAAUCUAUGGCUCGGAGGAAGUGUUAGCUGAAAUUCAUCCAACCAUUACUUAGAUUAUUGGUAAAAAUCUUAAACCCAAAUACAUAAAAUUUGCAGAUGGAAAAGUGUAUGAAAUAAAAGUGCCUGUUAUGAUUAUCAAUGGGUUAAUGAAGGGAGAUCGAAUUUUAAAUAAAUUAGAUAGUUUCACAAUAAAGUGUGUGUAAGACAAAUUGGUUGCUCAAAUCAAUUUCAGUUAUGUGUAUGAAGGGAGUGCUUAGAAGAUCAAAAACAAACUGAUGUUUUGGUCUCAGUAAUAGAAACCACUCUCUGAUUUGGUGGAUGUUAAAAUAAAUAAAUUAAUUAAUACUGAUGAGGAUGAUGAAGAUCAAGUGUUCACCUUAUCAAAAGGCUCAGGGUCAUGGUUGUCUCAUUUUGAAAUGGAUGGCGAAGUAGUGUGGAGAAUAGAUGAUCCUAUCUAACCAUGGAAGGAACCAGCCUAUAUACUACCAAGUGAUUCGAUUUUUAGAGAGGACAAGGCACUGAUGUUGAAGGGAGAUGACGAUGCGGCUCAAAUUACUCGUAAUAAGAUUGAGGAGCUUGGAUUAAAAGAUUAGAAUUUAAGAAAAAAGAGGAAAUGAAAUAUAUUUGAUAAAAUGUAAAGUAAGAUCAAUUCUAUUAUUCUUUC